AUGGCAUCUCACUUGGAUAAGGCCAGUAAAUUGAAACCAAUUGACAUUGGAAUGGGUGAGGAAGAAGAAGAGUUAAAACUCAGCCUUGCCACUGAAGCGGCUAUCAAAGAAAUGUGCCAUUCGGAAUUCUGUCGUCCUGAUCAGGAACUGACAGCUCAGAUUAAUGAACUGUUUCCGACAGAGCAAUCACUUGCCCAACUGGACACUGUAAUAGCUGCUGUGGAAUCUGAAAUCCACGAUCUCGACGUGGAGCUGGCAGCCUUGGUAGAAUCACAUGACGAGGUUGGGGCACAAGGUGAAGCUGCUCUACAAGAGGCCCAAAAAGCCAUGUCCGAGCUGGAGCGCCGAAUCGACAGAGAUAUCAAGCAACUUGAUAUUGCCAAGAGAAAUCUCACGUCAUCUAUCACUACCCUACAUCACCUGCAUAUUCUGCUAACUGGAGUUGAUUCAUUAGCCGUCUGGGUGGAUCAUCGUGACUACGCUUCUAUUGCCAGACAACUUCCGGCUAUUCUCAAUGUUUUGCAAUUGUUCGAUGAUUUUCAAGAAGUCGAGCAAAUGGCGAAAAUAACGAACAGAUUGAAUAAGCUAAAGCAGGCACUUACUGUUCAGCUAGCAAGUGACAUGAAAGCUGUUUUUCAGGCUGGCCAAUUGAGUGAACGAGUAACGGAUAUGUGUCGAGUGGCAGCCGCUCUGGAAGGCAGUGUGAAGUCGAACUUCUGCCGCUGGUUUAUUGAUCAACAAUUAUCGGAGUACACAGUGUUGUAUGCGGAAAAUGAGGAAGGAGCAUGGUUAGAUAAAAUCGAAGAAAGGUAUAAAUGGUAUGUUCGUAAACUUACGGACUUCGAAAGAACUGGCCUCGCCAAAGUGUUCCCACCGGACUGGGAUAUGGGACGAUUAAUGACGAAAGAGUUUUGCAAUGUGACAAGAGAUGUACUGUAUCGCAUGAUGACGCGACGGCGCCCUGAUUUGGACUUUCGUUUGCUUGGUCACGCUAUUCAGCAUACUAGAAUGUUUGAAGCACUGCUUAUCAAGAGAUUUCCAUCAAAACCUGACUUCAACUUUGAUAAGGCGAUUUGGAGUGUUUUUGAUUCGUUCCUUGACGUCUUCAUAAGUGCGCAGGAGAAAACCCUCAAUCAAUUUUUGGAGGAUUGCGCGAAUAAGAUUAGGUCUGGUUCGUCUGCAGAGGUUCCGUCAAGGGAGUGCUCGACCCACGCUGUGCCCUUUUCGUCGUCGGCUGAUAUGUUCCUUCUGCUCAAGAAGGUGAUCACUGAGUGCAGUAAACUUAGCAGUGAGCCGGAUGCGUUGUUG